AUGCAGUUCAGGCUAACUUGCCAGAGAACCUUCAUCCAUGCUGAAGGCCCCGAGGAUGAGGACGUGCCCACGUGCCAGAGACGAACGCAGAGCGCACCACCGGAAGAUCGAAGCACCGAACGCAGCACCUACGUGAGCGCCUUGGCCAGCCGCGCAGACCAGCUCCAUUUUUGGCUCCGGAAGCGGAAGCAGGGAGACAAGGACGAGAAGGAGAAGAAGGAGUCUGCAGAGUCCGAGUCCGAGGCAGAGAAGAGCGGCGAUGCCUCCACCCGGGCUGACUCCAGCGCGAGCCAGAGUUGGAGCCUCCGGUCGCCUUCCGCCGCUUCGGAGUCGCAAUCGGAGCCCGAGACCUUCCUCCAGGAGUUCUCCUUGGGAAGUCUCGGCCACCCCGAGGUGUGCCACAGGCCCUGCGUGAACUUUGCGAAGGGCUUCUGUGCGGCAGGCUCCUCUUGCGACUAUUGCCACCUCUCUCACGUGGAGACGCCCUUGGUGACCGCGAACAAGGAACUUCGAGUCAUCCUGCAGCAGGCGACGGAGUUCGACCUGCUCUCGAUUGCGGUGAAGCACGCCUGGACCCGUGCAGCUGACAAGGGCUUCCUGGAGAAGGCCAAGGAGGCCAAGGUCUUGACAUUGCUGGAGGAGAGACUCCAGCGCCUUUUAGAGACCAAGACCGAGACCGGCCUCAGCCAGAAGCAUCAGGGCAAGCUAGAUCGCUUCAUGGCCAAGAUGCCCUUCUCAGGACUCAUGGGCCUUGCACUACGUAAGACCCAGGAUGGCAGCCACACUGCCAUGGUGAAAGCGGCAGUGGACAGCUUGCGAAGCAACCUGUCCCAGUAG